UUGGAAACAAGUCAGCGUAUCAAAGUAAAACAGUUGGCGUUCAUUCAUUGGACCGAGCCAAAUCCAGACAGGUAUAAAAUGCCAAGCGUGGCUUGGCUGACCAUUCAACUACGACGACGGACUUUUUCGGAUCGACUUCUAACAGACCCCUAGAAACCGGAUAUUAGAAAGAUGCAGUCAUUCACGUUAAUAAGUCUUGCGGUGGUUUUGCUUGCUACGUUUCAAAGAGGGACAGCCACAGACGAGGCUGGAGUGCUUGAGGGUAUUCUAAAAAGGAUACUUGAGGACAUGAUUGAUGACCAAAUCCAAGUAAAAGAGAUCGAUACCAGCAGUAUAAAGGAUAGCAUUGGAACAACGCUCACCAAAUGCUUUGGAUUAUCCUCAUUAAAUGGUUUAGGCAGGACAUUCAGGAUGUUCGAUGAUGAUAAAUCAGGAUGGAUUAGUCUUAAAGAAUUCAAUGAGGAACUGGGUAACAAAUUAUGUCAAAUAAGUCAAUCUGAAGCAAAAAAACUCUUCAAAUCGUUGGAUCCAUAUGGGGAAGGGUUGAGCUAUAAUGAUUUAGCUGAAGCUUUUCAGCAACCUCUAUCCGAAGCGAAGAAAGAAACUUUGGUAAAGGCAUUCAAGAAGGCUGAUUCGAACAAGGAUGGUGUUCUCAAGCUCAAUGAUGAGAUGAUAAACCGAGGGAUUCUUAACAUCUUGGAUGCAGACAGAAACAGAGAAGCCAACAUACAGGAAUUCGCGGACUAUUACAACAAGAAGUAUCAAGGUCGAACUGAUGUGUACUUUGACUUAGCUAUGAGCCAUGUCUGGAAAUUGAAAAAUUAACGAAGACUUAAUUCAUAAAAAACACUUCAACGAACUAGCUAUUAAUGCACAUAGAAUAGGCUUUGUCGUCAAUUUGUAACUCACUGAGAAAAAUCAAUAAAAGAUCUAAUUCUACUAUUCUAUUUGCCUAACCUAGACAAUGUUUUUGUUGCACACAUAGGGGGAGAUUUCCCAAAUAGGUCAGAGUUGAUAUAGGAACCCAACGUACUGUUGUCCACCAU